GGGGGCGUCUGGCAACCCGGGCCGGCGGGCGGGUGUCCCGAUGUUGGGGUGCCGGGCCCGGGCUUUGCUCUGCGCGUGGCAGGUGCGGCUGGCCGGGUUCCUGGGACGGAGCCCGCUGAGCAGCAAUGGCGCCUCGGGGAAGAGCGGCGCGCCGCAGUGCUGGAACUGCGGCCGCGCCAGGGGUGCCGGGUGCGGGGACGAGUUCUUCUGCGCGCACUGCCGCGCGCUGCAGCCUCCCGACCCCGCCCGGGACUACUUCAGCCUCAUGCACUGCAACCGAUCCUUCAGGGUUGACACCACGAAACUCCAGCACAGGUACCAACAACUACAACGUCUUGUCCAUCCAGAUUUCUUCAGCCAAAAGUCUCAGACUGAAAAGCACUUUUCAGAGACGCACUCGACCCUGGUGAAUGACGCCUAUAAGACUCUACAGGCCCCCCUGAGCAGGGGACUCUAUCUUCUAAAGCUCCAAGGAAUAGAAAUUCCUGAAGGGACAGACUGUGGAGCAGACAGCCAGUUCCUCGUGGAAAUAAUGGAAAUCAAUGAAAAACUCGCAGACGCUCAGAGUGAGGCUGCCAUGGAAGAGAUCGAGUCCACUGUCAGAGCUAAACAGAAAGAAUUUACUGACAGUGUAAACAGAGCUUUUGAACAAGGUGACUUUGAAAAAGCCAAGGAAAUUCUAACAAAGAUGAAAUACUUUUCAAACAUAGAAGAAAAGAUCAAGUUGAACAAGAAUCCCUUCUAGUUGGUAACGAAACUUUAAAAAUAAACUCGCUAUUUCUU